ACAAAAACCCAGCUGAUUUUUGAUUUUGACACGGAUAAGGAAAGAAAUUUAGAAUCACCUGCAUUCUUCAUACUACCCCAAACAAAGUCAAACUGUAUAUUUCAUUUAAACAGAACACAAAACCAAAUGACUUUUUGCGAGACUUCAAAAACGCCAUCGAGGGUGCUUCAAGAAUUCAAAAAUACUUACAAGGACUUCCUGGAAUCCAAGAAUGAAGAGGAUGUUCUCAAAAGAUGGGUCAAUGACAUGGCUGAACAGAACGACCUGCUUGUCAGUGCCUUUAGAUGUCUAGAAAUGCUUGAAAAUGAGACAAUAUGCAAAAUUGACAAACUCAUUAAAGACACGUUCAAGAAAACUGGCAAAGUCUUAUCUGAAGAUCAUGACAAAGUAUGCAAAGAACUCCAAAAACUCCAGGAGAUUUCUAUGGAUCAAAAAAAUAGGAUAUUGUGCCUUAAAAGGCAAAUAUGUGAAACUGAAAAUGAGGCAAAUAAAUGUAAGGAAAAUUCAAUAAAAAAUGGUAUGGAUUACAAAGCAUCUUUGGAUAGGAUAAUAAAACUGGCAGAGGGCACAAAACAGAAAAUAAACUCAAAUAUCAUGAUAAACACAUCACUUGAACAGUCUCUUGGCGAAGCAAAAAUGGAACUAAAUCGGUUAAAGAAAGAAAAGCAACUUGACAAAAAGGAAAAAAUUUGUAAGAAGAAAGAGAAGAAAGUGCGAAAGCUCAGAGAACAAAUGAAACUCCUUUUUUUGAUAUUAAAGAAAAAAGAAAAAUUAUGCAGGAUUAAAAAGACUCUAGCAAAAGAAGGACUUCAGAAAAAGAAGCUGUUGAAAAAAAUGGAAACCAAAUUGGUCUAUUCUGAAAAAACGAUGAACUUUUUGCAAGAUCUGAAUUGUCGCGUAUUUGGUGCUAUUCAGAAUUGGAAACAAGCCACAAACAAAUUUGUCAAAUUUCAUUCAUAUUAUCAAUACAUCCAGCUUGUGGUCACCUACUUGGAACACAUAGCAAACCAUUAUAGACAUGCAAUACGGUCAUUCAGCUGUAAGCAAGAUAAUAUUCAGCUUAUUAGCAAUCCGAAGAAUAAUAAUAAUAGCUGCAUUGCCUUCCAAAAACUGACAAUAAAUGAACUGAGAUCUUUGCUCAAAGAAAAGCUGUGGGAGAUUAAAUUCCUUAAGAAAAAAAUAGUUAACUUACUAGAUUUAGAGACUAUGAAGGCCACACAGAGACAUGAACUUCUCCAAACAUUUAACAAUGGGAUUGAUAUCUACAACCAUUAUUUGAAAAAAGACCAAGAGAUAAAUGAUUUCAUUUGGUCCAACAACUAUUUCAGUGAAAUGUGAAAAUUUAAAAAUGAAAGUUGCACCAUUCAGCCUUUCGCCAGUCCAGUUUACGUUUUAUCUGAAGUCCUUGUAAGUCAUAAAAAUAUAUGCCAAUACAAAAGA